UCCUCCCAGUGCUCCUUCAAGUGCUCCUCCCAGUGCUCCUUCAAGUGCUCCUUCUAGUCCUCCUCCGGCUCCAUCAAACCAUCCGCAACCGCCAAACAGAAUCUCUGCCAUGUCGCUCGCCACCAAAGUUGCCCUGCCGCUGAUCUUCUCCAAUGGCACCCUCAAGGCCGUCGACCGUCCCGACGGAAAGAUUGUCUAUGAAGACUCGGGCAAGCCACCCAACUACACCGGGCGCACCGCCCUGGUCUCACCCGGCAUGGGCGACUUUCGCCACCAGUUCCGCUUCCUGGGGCCCAAGCUGUUCGAUGCCGGCUAUCGCGUGAUUGCCCCCGAUCUGCGCGGCCACGGCGACAGCGACACCACCUUCAAGACCUACACCGUCGAGGACGUUGCUGCGGAUCUCACAAGCAUCCUGGAUGCCGAGCAAGUCAGCGAGAACGUCGUGCUCAUGGGCAACUCUUUCUCGGGAGCGGUCAUUCUCGCAGUUGCGGCCCAGGACCCCAAGCGCUUCGCAGGUGUCGUUCCGAUCUGCGCCUUCACCCGGGACAUGCCAGGCACGUCCUUCAUGAACGGCAUCUCGGUCCUUAUCUUCAACCGCCUUUGGGGCAUGCCUGUCUGGACAACGUACUUUCAGUCGCUCUUCAAGGCCCCUCCCGCCGAUCUGCCGGCCUAUGUCUCUGCGAUCCGUAACUCGAUGAUGAGCGACUGCUCUCAUGCGGGCAUCUUUGGGUCCUUCAUGCGCUCGUCCAAGAACAAUGCCUGGGAGCUCUCCGCAAAGGUCCAGUCCCCUGUUCUGUUGCUGAUGGGCGAGAAGGACCCCGACUUUUCCAAUCCUCUGGAAGAAUGUGAGACCGUCAAGAGCCACUUGACGCAGGCCAAGUCCUGCGGGAUUGUCCUGAUCGAGGGCACCGGCCACUAUCCGCAUGUCGAGAAGCCGGAGGAGACCUUUGCGCAGAUCAAGAGCUUCCUGGACAGCCUCUGAGUCACAAGAGGCAUGCGUCGACGAGCCAGCCCGAUUGGCCGUCCUCAUCUCCCGCUGUUUGACUUGCUUGAUUCUGAUUUUGGUUGAUUGUUUCAUUCUGUUUUUCGUUUGACUUGCUUGAUUCUAUUCCCAUUCCACUUGUCCCUGCUCUGGCCCGAAGCUUGGAUGGUUGCGCCCUUCCAAUGCAAUACACAGAGGUGCACUCUG